AUGGGUGUGUUUGGUGGUGAUGCAGUGAAGUCAGAGUCAGUGACGGAGGGAGAGUCGGUUACUCUAGAAAUUGAUGAUACUACAGAUAAUGAGACACGGUGGAGAUUUGGACACAAGCACAUUCUCAUAGCUCUAAUCAACAGAGAAAAUGGAAAGAGAAACGUUCAUGAUGAUGCUCUUGAUGGGAGAUUCAGAGGCAGACUGCAGCUGGAUCAGACUGGAUCUCUGACCAUCACAGACACCAGAACCACAGACUCUGGACUUUAUGCAGUAAUCGGCAGCAGAACACAGAUGCCACUCAACACAUUCAAUCUUACUGUCUAUGCUCGUCUGCCUGUCCCUGUCAUCAACACAGACUGUUCCGUUGUCAGACUGUUAUUCAGACUGAAUUGUUCAUUGGUGUGUUCAGCUGUGAAUAUGAGUGAUGUGAGUCUCUCCUGGUACAAAGGAAACAGUUUAUUGUCCAGCAUCAGUGUGUCUGAUCUCAGCAUCAGUCUCUCUCUACCUCUGGAGGUGGAAUAUCAAGAUAACAACACCUACAGCUGUGUGAUCAACAAUCCCAUCAGCAACCAGACCACACAUCUGGACAUCAAUCAACUCUGCAAGACAAGUUCAGACCAUAUCUGCUCUUGUGGUGUUACUGAAGCUGUGAUCCGAUUGGCUCUCUCUGCUCUGGUGGGCGUGGCUGCUGUGGCUGUUCUUGUUUAUGACAUCAGAUCCAGUACUCUUCAACAGAAGAGAGAGCAGACGUCACCAAGCUCUGAUUAA